AAGGUCCAUCUUUGUGAUAAAUGUAGGUAGAAGAGGCGACGGAAACCCGAAUGUUGAUUCGCCAUGACCAGAGUGGCGGGCCUAUCUAGGCCUCGGACAUCACCGCUUAUGCAGGCGCCCCGUGCCCGAUAAGUGCAGCCUGACAGGUGCUAAUUCGGGAUUUGAUUGACGGGGAUGCUCUCAGAGGCGCAGCUAGUUCAGCUGAAGCUCACGCUAUCUGUGUAACGAUAUCUGUUGAUCCCAUCCUAUCCUUGUUUACUAUCCCUGCCUGUUCUGCCUGUCCCACCAUACCUGCCAGCGGCCGACGAUCAUCAUCGAACAUCGCCUACUUGCUACGCCAUGUCCACAGACAGGUUCGAGAUCAGUGAACAUGUUGUUCCCGGUUGCCAUAUCCGAGAAUACCCAGGAAGCACCGCUGGUCACCAGGAGGAGGUGCUGCAUCUCCAUGUUAAGCAAUAUAGCCCCAAGGAUCAACUCGAUCCUGUGCCGUCCGACGCAAUCACCUUCAUCGCAGCUCACGCAAUAGGAUUUCCUAAGGAGCUCUAUGAACCUCUGUGGGACGAGCUAUGGGAACUAUCCAAGCAGUAUGGUUUCCAUAUUCGCGGUAUCUGGAUCACUGAUGCCGUCGGCAUGGGUAUGAGUGGUGUCUUGAAUGAGGACAAGCUCAGUAUGGACUACUCAUGGAUGGAUCAUUCGCGCGAUCUCCUCUCGAUGAUCAACCACUUCCGCGAUCAGAUGCCGCGGCCAUUCGUCGGUAUAGGCCACAGCUUCGGCGGCACAAUCAUGACCAACCUCGCCUAUCUCCACCCCCGCCUCUUUACCACUCUCAUUCUUCUCGACCCAGGCAUUCAACUGAACCCUCCCAAGAUGGGUUUUGGCACCGAUCCUCCGACUUAUAUCAACGCAGCUGUCUGGCGCAACGACAUCUGGCCUAACCGUGCAGCCGCCGCAGCAUCCCAAAAACGCUUUUUCCCGGACUGGGAUCCUCGUUGUACCGACCUGAUGAUCCGACAUGGCUUCCGUGACCUCCCGACACCCCUCUACCCCGACAUAACCAAAAUCAAGGACGCAGACCCAACUAACCCCCCAGUAACUCUCACCACCACCAAGCAUCAAGACACCAUCGCACUCAUGCGAGAGAAUUUCUCCUCGCGACAGCCAGAUGGCCGGAUUAAAAUUAAUCAAACAACACAUGCAGACCUCGACCCUUUCGCGGCAUCCAUCCCGCUCUACCGUCCCGAGCCACGAAGCACGUUUAAUCGCGUUGCGACGCUCCGACCAUCAGCACUGUUUCUGAUUGGAGGUAAAACCAUCUUCAAUAUUGAUGAGCUUCGCGCAGCGAUCAAGAUUUGCGGUACAGGUGUGGGAGGGAGUGGCGGCAUCAUGGAGGAGAAGGUCAAGGAAGUGACAUUUCCCCAUCUGAGCCAUUUCUUCCCGUUUGAAGGCGUAAGGCAAACGGCGGAACAGUGUGCGCUUUGGCUUCAGCAGGAAAUGAAGAGGUUUCGGGACGCAGAGAAAGAAUGGAAUGACAAGAGGCGACCGAUGUCAAAGCGUGAUCAUAUGGUGCUGCAUAAGGAGUGGUUUCGGGUUGUGAAGCCUCCGGUGACCAUAAAGGCUGGGAAGCAGGCAAGGAAGAACAAGUUGUAGACAUGUAACUUGAUUUGGAGAAGAUUAGCUGUUGAGUUAGAGAUAGGAUGGUGCAUUGGCGGCCGUUAUUCUGACGAAUACUCGGUUCGCUCAACGGAACCUAUGAUGCUUGGAUAUGGGUGGUCAAAGAAGACACGAAAUGAGCACAUACGCAGCGCUCUAACUAUCCCGCGUAAGCUCCAACAUCACGCCAUUUGUCCCCAUCAUCAUCAUCAACCAUUGUAUUCCAGCCCAUCUUCAAAACUAGUCCAAAGAAUGCCUUGGUUCUUCGGGUGAUACAGCAUAUGCGGUGAAAGUAAUCCGAAGAUUGACCUGUAGAACGUAGAUACCACACUUGAUGUCCGACGAUGAGGAUCUUCCACUAUAAAAAUAAUAGCAUUAGCUUUUAG